UUACAUAAGUUAACACAUAUAUUCGUAAGUUUUAUAUAUUUGUAAAUUUUAUUUUAUUGAUAAAAUAAUUACUAAAUAAUAUAUUGAUACAUCAUGAAAAUGAGGAAUCUUGUUAAUACUGCUUAAGAUGGUUCAUCUUAAAAUUUUAUAAAUAAAUUGCAUGAUUAAAUGACAAAUUAAAUUCCAGUUUUUUAAAAGUAAGUUGUGAAACUAGACUUUAACCUAAUGUUUGAUCAUAGAAACCUUGAGUGAAGCCUCAUUGGAUAAAACAUCAGGUUAAGUCUGGUUUCCAUAAGUGAAGCCCUAUUGGACAAAACAUCAGGUUAAGUCUAACCAAAAGUUAACCAGAUAAUAAAAAACCGGGACCUAGAGAUCAUGGUAUCUGGGAAAGAUUUGUUAAUGAUUUAAAAUUAUGAAGACUAGAACUAUAAGAGACGAAACUAAGGGACAAGACACAAACUCUUCUUUGACGCAUUAUAUGUUACAUUAAGUACUCCAUAAGCUUCUUAUGUUAAGGAUUUCUUUGUGCGUUGACUUUAGUUUUAAGUAUGAACCUAAAUUUAUGGAAUACGUUAAGAAAGAGCUUGUGUCUCCCGAUUCUAAGCUUGAUUAAGACUAAAGUCCACUUUAUGCUACAAAUAUUGACCUAUACCGAGCACUUGAUAUGCGUAUCAAACACUAUAUUCGUACCAAAUUGGUUUAUAAUGGUAUAAACAACAGCGUAUUAAGUUGAUACGAUACGUAUCAUGAAACCAUACGAUAUUGUAUCAAAAUAGUAUUAAAUAAAUAAAUACACAUAUAGCGUUAUAAACGCUGGUAUAUUAAAACUGUAUUUCAAUUGCUGCCAAUAAAUUUUUUUAAAAAUGUUAUGUAAAGAGCUAGGAUUAAGUUGGCUAAAAGAGGAAACAUGAGUUUAUUUCUUUGUUAGACACAUUGCCUUUGUAUUUUAUCUAUGAUUUAUGUUGUUUACGAAUAAAUAAUUGUCGCAGACGUUUCUUCCGAUUAUCUUAAUAAGUUUUGAAAACUCCGAAUAGAGUAAAAAAUAAAACAACAUUUUAAGUGUUAAAGGGCAGUUUCAACUUCUUGGUAAACUUACCUAUCAGGUAAGCAUAUAUUUAUCUUCAUUUUUUCUAAAUAAAUACAGACACACAUUUACCUGAUAGGUGAGAUUACCAAGAAGUGAGAUCAGCCCUAAAUAAAUAUUAAACUAAAAUAAAUAUUAAAUAUUAAAUAAAUUAAAAAUAUUAAAUAUAAAAAAUAUAUUUGUUUGUUACUAAGAGAAAUGAAAUUCAUCAAUGUUUUGUGAAUAUUGUUAGAGAUAUACUUACAAUAUAUAUAUAUAAAACAUCAAAUUUGGACUAUCAAAUAUCAUAUCAAUAUCAUAUUAUCUUUAGAUUGAAAUUAAAUUAUCGAAAAAGACUAAAAAAAUUUUACAUAUUUUCCAUUUAUUUAUUUAUUUAUCUAUAUGAAUAUGUAUGCAGUUUUAUUGAAAUUUGAAUUUGUUACCUUGCGAAAGUCUUCUCUUGUAAAUUAAUAUCGAUCCAUUAUAAAGCGUAUUGAGAUUUCGCUGACUUGAUGUGUAAUGACAUCUCUUGGCACAAUACAACAAUUACUGAGGUAAAUUUCUGGUUAUCAACAGUUGUUGUCAUCUAAUUAAUUAUUAAUUAUUAAUUAAAUCACACACAUACACACCAGAGUGUUGUGCCAUACAUUUCAAGAUUACAUUUGUGAUUGCAUCUACAUGGUUGAUUUACGUAUGUUUACCUCAGAUGGCCAAAUUUGCUAAAACAAAUAAUAUCCAAAUCUUUCCUAGAAAAUUUGUAAGUAAAAUGGCAUUAAAUUAAAUACAAAUUCUGUUAUUCUAACAAGAUAAUGUUGUCGACAAAUUGUUAGCAUAAAUAUAAUAAAAUGUGCUUUACGAACGUUGCCAGCAAAUAGUCGCCAAAUAUCAAACAAGGCUUGAUGAUAUACUUGACGCCAAAUUAUCAUCAAAAAGCAAGGUCUACGUAACUCUGUUUGACUGUUUACUUUGACGUCAAGUUGUUGUCAAAAAGCAACUUGGCGUCAACUGAAUUGCAUAAACCUUGCUCACUUUUUUAACCACAAUUUGCUAUCAAGUUAUGAUGUAAACUUUGCUAGUAAAACACAAACUGAUUGCGGACAGAUGCUAUAGUAUUUGGUAUCAAGUUUUUUUAACUAAUUUAUUGUCAACUUUGAUGACAAAUUGUUUACUGAAUACGUUACGUUUACACAAUAUUUUUUAUGUAGAUAAUAUAAGCAAUAUAAGCAAUAUAAAUGGUUAUAAAUUAUAUAACACAAAAAAGGUAAUUAAAUUAUAUUUUAUAAGAUUGUUUAUAUAUUUUUAGUAUAAAUAAAAUAUAUAUUAUUACAAGAAAAAGGAAAAAUGUUUAAAUUUUAUUUUGUAAUCACAUGUGAUUAAAAGCAUCAUAAUAAUCCGAUUAUUGUUUAUAUAGAUAAAAACAUUUCACAUAGCUUACAUUGUAUACAUAUAAUGUAGAUUAUUUUUAUAGAUAUUUCAUGCGUAAAAGUCCAAUCCUAUCAUAUAUAUUUAGUAUAUGACAAAGAUAAAAAGCACUUCUACUGAUGACAAAAAAUAAAUAAAAGAGAAAAGAAAGAGAAAUAUUUUUUUUCAUUUUAAUUAGACGCUUUGUGAUAUGCGCAAAAUGAAAAUACAUCUGCACACCUCACACACAAUCACACAAAGCAUAUCGCAUAUGAGUGAAGUGGCGUUUGCGGAGUCGAAAUCCUGUCAUGGAUUUAAUUUCCUUGGCGACCGAAUAUUGAGCAAACAUAUGCAGGAAGAAAUUUCGCUCCCGUUAAAAGUAUUUUACUGCCGUAGCGUAAACAGCUGUUGUCAUUUCGAACGCGUAUUACAUCACAAUCGAAUCGGGAUUCUUUUGAAUUUUGUCAGAUUUAUUUGCAACGCAUUUCGCGUGCUUGCGAAACAAAUAAUGAAUGACAAAUAUUCCGAAUAUGCAGAAGACGCGGAGGAACCGUCCGUUACGUCAUCGGAUCCGAAUGAACGGAAAUUAGCGCGCCGCAUUCGUAUUCAGCGACGCUUAGAAGCGCUAACUAAAAAAACAGAUACUGAAGAUGCAGAAGUUGUCGAGAAGACGCUCACCGAGAGGCAAAUACUUGCUAGUUCUGAAUUGUUGGAAAACUUAUCGGUGGAAGGCGACGAAGUGGUGACUUCCGUGAAAGUGGCAAACGACGCUAGGGAACUACAGCGACGGAGAGAGGCGCAAGAUAUCAGAAGAAUGUUACUGAAGAAGCUCGAGGAAGAUGACGAGGAAUGUAUGAAAAGGUACCAGAAGAUCAAUGAGAAGUGGUCAAACAUUUUUGCGUCUAAGGACCCGUUAGAUAUACACGCGGAAAUGGAAGCCCAAAAUGCUAAGUGUCUGGAAAUCAUGGAGAGGAAGGAUGCUGUCAUCGCGCAAUUGCGGCAAGAGUUGGAGAACGCCGAUCUUAAGUUCGUUAAUGACCAGCAAAAUCAAAAUGAGGAUAUAGACUUAUUGAUCAAUAGGAUGGACAAUCAAAUGAACAUCAUGACUAAAGCUUAUCGCCAUGAAUUAUCGCUUAUUAAUGAUGUAAUGGAGUCUGAGCGUAAAAUGUUGGUGGAAAAUCUUUCCGAGAAAUGGGACACGCUAUACAAAAAGCUACAGGAGGACAGUAUCUCGGGACUAGACAGACGGAAGAAGAUAAUGUGCGAGUACGAAGAAGAGAUGAAGAGAGUCAUGAUCGAGCAUCAGGAAGAGUUCCGAGCACAGAAAAUCAAUUUCGAGCUUGAAAUUCAGAAGCUCCAACAAGAGGUACAGAGCACGAAAGCGCUAUGCUUCAUGAACAUCGAGAAACUGGAUUACAGUUAUGCCGUGCUUAAGCGACGAGAGGACGAAAACGCUAUAGUGAAAAAUCAGCAAAAGAGAAGAAUUAAUAAGCUUCAGGAUAUUAUCAACGAUCUGAAAAAGAGUUAUGCAGAGUUAGAAGAGAACACAAGGCUUGAGAUACAGAGGCUUACCGACCAGGUCAUAAAAGCGCAUAAGAAUAUUUUGGAUUUGAUGGAAAAGUCGGAUCACUUUACAAGAAAUAAUGAUAAACGGUAUAUGCAAAUUUGGGAUAUGAAUGCGAAAAAUGCGAAUGAGUUGCUCGAUAAGAUUUUAAAUGCUGACAAAAUCAUAUACGAACAAGCAUUAGGUAUGGAAUGGAAUCCACCUGAAAAAACCUUGCUUGGAAAAGAAGAUCUGCCGUCAUAUCGUAGUGUGAUGUGUACUAUAGAAGAAGAAAACAAAUUGAUCAACGAGAAAAAGACAAUAUAUGAAUCUUACAAACCAGCAAACACCCUUGAGGAAAUCAAUUUGGAAAGACGAUUGCUGAAUUGUAUCAUAAAACAUAUUUCCGAUCGUUGUGAUUAUCUGAUAGAAGAUAAAUUGCUCGAGUUGCUUUUACCUUAUACCGCGAACGAUCAGCUGGUCAUACGUUUGGAUAAUGUAUUUCAGGCGUUGAACAUUAAGUCUGAAAAGGAGCUUGGGUUUCUUUUGAAUUUCUUUCUGCCGUAUGCAUAUUGUUCUACGUGUAGCAAGGACUUGACCAAGGACACAUGCGGUACUACUGAUGAAUUUACUGAAUCUUCUUUACCGAAAACAGACAUUGAACAAGAGACAGACAUUUGUGGCGUUACGGAGGAGUUCACGGAAGAUGAAACUAAAUUAAUUAUCGCUGUGAAAAAAGCAAUUUCUGAUGAAAAAUUAUCUACUCCUAGCGACGAUGUUAGCGUUAUUUCGUCUCGAAGUUCCUCAACUGAAUUACUUCCUAUCGCGGAAUGUACUUCAACUUCACAUGAAUCUAUCAGUGAUAUCAUGAAGGAUGACGAUCAAAUGCAACGACGCUUAUUGUGUGACAAGGGACACUUGCUUGAAAUUGAAGCUACGUUUGUCACUAGAGCUUUACGAGAAUUCGUAGAAAAAUAUCAUUUUGUUAAAUGGAAAGAAAUGCCAGAGACAUUUCAAGAAAAAUUAACAAAGAAAAAGACAGUCGUAUCCCGAAAUAUGACAAUUCAAGAUAUAACUGAUUUUUGGAAGCGAUACAGUGAAAUUUUUCCAACAAAGAAGGAACAACUCUGGGAUGGUUUAUUAAUCGGACUUAAAAAGUAUCUUGAAAUAUUAAAAGAACGGCAUUGUUUGAAUACUGAAGUAAAAUCUUUACGAACGCAGAAUGCAGAAUUACGCCGUUUAUUGAAAACAUACAUAAUCCAAGUAAUGUCAGAAAAUAAUAUAUAGCCAUUAUUAAAUAUCAUAUUGAAAAAUAUUUGAAAUAAUAACACCUUAUAUUCUAUGUUUUAGUCUGAAUGUGAUAGAUUUUCGCAAGAUACUGCACAAUCUAUUCGUGAAGUGACUUAGGAUAGAACUUAAAUAAAUAUAUUUAAUGAAAAUUUCAUAGUGCAUUAAAUUCAAUGAUAUAUAAUUUUAGUGCAUGAAAUUCAAUGAUAUAUAAUUUUCGACAUCCAGAAUAAAAUGUAAAUAUACAUUGC